GCCACGCUCAUCACCAUGGUUGAAAGGUAAGGCUGUUCUGCCUCUUCGUCACCCUUUCAGUCUUGCUCGCACCAUGGUCUAUGGGUUAUUAGACACCCGGUCGUUGGCCGUCCGGACAUCGCUCGCAAUUGCCGGACUACUGACCAUCGCCUUCCUGAUCGCGAGCUUGACCAGAUCAUACAAUCCAAUAUCUAUUACCGCGCACACCAACUAUCUGGGGAGAAAUCAGGCCGCUAGCCUGAACGAUGUGCUUAACCAGACUCUUGGCUUCCAAAAGAUAUUCGUCAUCAACCUACCCUCACGAACCGACCACAGAGACUCGAUGUCACUUGCUGCCGCCUUGACGCCCGGUGGCCUGAGGCUAGAUUACGCCGACGGAGUGACGAACGUUUCUCGGAAAGCACUGCCUCCCGGAGGCGACAAUCCCAAGCAUAAGUCAGGCAUUAUAGGGGCUUGGAGAGCGCAUAUCAAUGUGCUCCGCACAAUAGUAGAGCAAAACAUCACCUCUGCGCUAGUUAUGGAGGGGGACGUGGAUUGGGAUGUGCGCAUCAAGUCGCAGAUGUACGAUUUCGCUCGCGCAUCGAGGCUACUUGUGCAGCCAGGAACAGAAGAUGAGACAACCGAGUUGAACGAUGACUUGUCGAAUCUGCCACUUUCGUCGCCAUACGGAGAUACUCAGCAUUGGGAUGCGCUGUGGUUAGGGCAUUGUGGCACCGAAUUUCCCAAAACCGACUCAAGAAUCCGCAGUGGUAGAGUUGUGAUACCAAAUGACGAGACUGUGCCUGAGCCUCAGCACUUCGACAAAGAAUGGGGCAGUGAUGCUCUCAUCAGGGAAUAUCCGGAGCAUACGCGCGUCGUCCAUCGCGCACGGAUGAAUGUGUGCUCACUGGCCUACGGUGUUUCCCAACCAGGAGCACGUCGACUUCUCUAUGAGCUUGGAAUCAAGAAAAUGAAUGCCGCAAUGGACAUCAUGUUGCGACAGGCAUGCGAUGGAAGCGCUGGCAGAGCACGACAUAAUUGCUUGACUGUAACGCCCCAACUCUUUCAACAUCACAGGCCUAUCGGCUCGAAAGCUAGCUUCAGCGAAAUCGAGGAUCAUGGCGAGGGAGUCAACGACUUUGCGUACACCCGCAAUAUCCGAUGGAGCACAAAAAUGAACUUCGACAAACUGCUGAGCGGUGAAACAGAUUAUGUCGACCUGUGGCAGGACGGUGCACCAGCCAAUAAAACUGCAUUUCCGUGAGCUUGUAUUGGAACGAAUGAAUGUUCAGUUGGUGGAAGAUACCGAAGGCCUGUGACUUACAGACAACCAAGCAUGAGACGAAGCAAGUCUGCGCCGCUGCGUGAGCCAGCAAUUAUGCUUCUGGUCCGGAUGCUACGAUGCGCUACGCAAGAUGUAGUGAAUGCUGAAUUCGUGCUCACUUGCUGAGUCAAUCACUCGCAUGUUGAAAGCCAAGUUCCAGCAGUCUGGCAUUCGAGCCUGGAGAUCCUGUCACGGCAGCCAUUGCUGGAAUAUGCCCACAGAGCAUGCUCGUCUAGUUCACGAUCUCCGAACGAGCAGCGUGCACUGGUGAGCAGCUCAGCUAACUGGUGAGCACGAUCCAUAGAAGAUCGAUGGGUACAAAUUGACCUGCAGGGCCCGAGGCGGCGCGAAUUGCAUCUGUGGUAUGCAGCCAGGAUUCAACAUUCUCAGAUGUAAUGAUGAUGCAUAAGACGCAGCCUAUAGCUAGCCACUUCUCUGUAAGUCCACCUCCGGCUUGUUUCUGGACUUGCUCGAGUAGUUAUCAUUCGCAGUCGUCAUGAAGUAGCAGUGUAGAAGGUACAGGAAAUUUCGAAGA